CAAAACCACAGGAGGUGAUUCGUAUUUUAAUCAAACCUUAAGGGGUGUAUUUGUAAUUUAUCCUAAAAUUUAAUGUUUUACGUAUGCAUCCAAACAACAUAAGAUUAUUGAGUGUUCUGAGUUCCCAAGUAGGUAAUAUUAGAGUUCAUGUGAGCAAGCAGAGGUGAUUUUACGUGAACAUGGAUCCAAAACUUAUAUUCAACACCUCAAUAUUAUCUCAAUUUUAGAAAGAAUUGAUCCAUGAGUUUGAGAGUGUUAUAUGUUUUUCCUUAUGAUUAAUUCUAGGUGUGAAAGAAUGCCUCUCUAGGCAUGCCUGGAGGAAUAUCUGAAUAGAAUCAAAUGCAUGUUAGGAAUUAAAAAAAGUUUCCAACAUAUGGAUAUGAGUGUAUUAAAUGUGUCUGGGUAUAUCACUGAAGCAUCAGGAACUAAUGCAUGCCGACUCCUUACUAGAAGUGUUUGUACUAACUAGGUUGAUAUAAUCAAAUUGAAACAAUGAACAUCCUAAUAGAAGGAGAAAGAAGAGAAACAUUUGGAAUAGCAUAAUUGAUUAUUUCCAACUAAUGUGAUGAAAUGAAUGUAUUGAGAUCAUUCAGGCAUGCACAUGAAAGACCAAUAACAACAUGAAAAACUUAGUUAUGCGAAUUUAAAAAUCCGGAGAAGGUGUUGGGAUAGUCAAAGAAGAUGCAAAUAGAAUUAGCAAGGAGUUUGAAGUGUUGAAAUAAUGCCUUAUGAGAAAGACAAUUUUUUAAAAUUCCUGUCUACUUUAUCAUGAAUCUUACAAUUGUGAGGUGUUUAUAGUGUUGUAUAGUGUAAUAAUAUGACUAAGGUAGUUUUUGGCACAAGACAAAGGUCUAUUGUGAAAUUUGAAAAUAAUGAGACUUCUUUUGGCUUGUAAUGGGAGACUCGAAGCUUAGUCUAUAUCCUGUUAACCAAAGAGUUUCACAAUUGAGGAUGGGUAAAAUUUUCAUCCGUAUGGCUACUGCAUGCUUGUUUAUCACAUCAUAAGCUGAUAGCUUCUCAAUCAUUCCAGAUAAUAAUUUAAUGUGGUGUUGAAAUGCAUACAAAUCUGUAGGCACACAAAUGCAGUGUUUAUUUUUGAGCUUGUGAAGCUUUUUGAGUUUCUUCAUGCACACAUAACAUAGUUUCAGGUAGUUUUGUUUAUUUAUAUUCCCUUGUCUACUUUCUCAGUGUACUCCGUCCCUCACUUUGGUUUAUCUUCUGCUUCAUUUGGUACAAUCUUCCAUUAGUCAAAGGCUUGUUCCAACAUGCAUUGAUAGAGUAGGUCCUAAUCUCAAAUUUACACACUGCUUCAUUUUAAGACGAGAGUUAUAAGUAUAUGAAGACUUACAUUGGUUGCUGUUAUUGCUUACCAGUGAUGCCAUUGGGAAAAAAUUAAAAAAAAUCUUGCUGUGUGUAUGUUGCCAAAUUGAAAGUUUAUGGAUACCCAAAAACCAGUCAUAUCAUUGUACACUGACUACAUCAGUUGAGAUCUUAUAACCAGAAAUCUCGAUCUGGUGAUUUAUAAGUAUAUCAAUCAAUCAAAUGGUUUACAAUUGGUAUUUUUCCAGAAAAAUACUAUUUGUAUCUCUCUUUUGAUGUCUCAAAUAUAUUUGGCACACUUUUUGUCUUCUCCAUGGGCCAUUUUAUUUGUAGAGUUGCAUAUGAAAUGUAGCCCCUCUUCCCACUGAAUUUAGAUGCAAUAUGUUAUAGUGGCUCCUAAAAUUAUUAUAAAUUUUGGUUGAUAGUUUGAUCAAGCAAAUACUGACUGAGUUUUUACCCAAAUAAAAGGGUUUGGUCUCAUAAUCUCAUUAGGAGAAGAGAUCCUCUUUCCACUCAAAGUCCCAUUCCUCACUUAGGGACCUCUGUCUGACCCUUACCAAAUCAUAUACAUCUGUAAUGGGAGAUGAGUAUUUCUCUCUGUUGUAUAAUAUAUGAAGGUUCUAAGUUCUGCUUCCUGAUACACACUAUUUGAUCCUUAUGUUAUUCAUUUUUGUCUUCUUUCCAUAAGCUAACAUGUGCAGAUUAUACUUGGUAUGUAAAGUUCUAAUUUCUUAAAAAACUAGAAUUAUGGUUUUGUCCUUUUUUUUUUUUUUAUCAUUGGGCAUAUGUUAAUGCUUCAACUAGUUUUAAAUUCGAAGAUAGCCUGGUUGUAUAAAGGUUUUGCUUGCCAUUAAUUAAUGACAUCCUUUUUGAAGCAAACAUAUAAUAGGAAGGGAUUUUUUUUACAACAAUUUUUUCGAUUUAGUUUUCACUAAUACCAAGUAGAGCCUUGAACUUCAUUAAGCAUAAUAUGAUCUUGGGGAAAUCAUUCCUUUUUGUUUUGCCUUAUAAAUAGUCAAAGGACACAAAAAGAGGUAAAUAUUUGAGUAGGCAUAUUCGGACAGCUUGGGCAUAAAAAUGCUGUUGAAAUUAUCUGAAUACUUGUAGCACUAUUUGAGCAUGUGAUUUAUUAUGUUUGGGCAUAUUUCUAACCUCUGUCUUGACUGUAAGAUGUACUUCACACCACCAUUUGGGGGCAAUUUUGUCUGUUUUGCGGAAAUGUCCAUGGGGGCUUCUAUUUCCAAACUCCACACCAUUUUUUCUUCAGAAAUCAACUUCCGAACCAAAGGGCCUUCAUCGCAAUUAAAGGAUCUACCUAAAUUUGAAUCUGUUUUGAAGAUUUCAAGAAAGACAUUUAACUACAUCUGUUCACUUGUGAAGGAAGAGAUGAUGGCUAGGCCUGCAAACUUCACAGAUCUCAAUGGCAAACUUUUGUCUCUGAACGAUCGAGUCGCUAUCGCUUUAAGAAGGCUGAGCUCUGGUGAAUCUUUAUCAGCUGUUGGCGAUUUGCUCGGGAUAAACCAAUCAACCGUUGCCCAAAUAACUUGGCGUUUUGUGGAAGCCAUGGAAGCAAGAGGGCUCCACCACCUCCGGUGGCCCUCCACAGAAGCUGAGAUGAAAGAGAUAAAGAGUAAAUUUGAAAAAUUCCGAGGCCUACGCCUACCCAAUUGUUGCGGUGCCAUUGACACCACACACAUUAUGAUGUGCCUGUCAUCAAUUGAUCGGUCAAAUAACAUCUGGUGUGAUAAGGAGAAGAAUCACAGCAUGAUCCUCCAGGCAAUUGUGGACCCUGAUAUGAGAUUCCUCGACAUUGUCACUGGAUGGCCAGGAAGUUUGAGUGACUCACUCGUUCUCAAAAGCUCGACCUUCUUCAAACUAUCCGAAGAAGGGAAGAGGCUAAAUGGGGAAAAAGUGAAAAUCUCAGAAGGAACAGAAUUAAGGGAAUUUAUCGUUGGGGACCUAGGGUUUCCUCUGUUGCCGUGGCUUCUAACUCCGUAUCAAGGUCAUAGCCUCACUGAUUCUCAAGCCAACUUCAACAAACAGCUUUCUGCAACUCGAAUGGUGGCACAAAGAGCAUUGGCAAGGUUGAAGGAGACGUGGAGGAUCAUACAAGGUGUUAUGUGGAGGCCUGAUAAGAAUAGAUUGCCGAGAAUUAUUCUUGUUUGUUGUUUGCUGCACAAUAUAGUCAUUGAUUUGGAGGAUGAGGUGCGAGAUGAGAUGUCUUUAUCUCAUCGUCAUGAUUCAGCUUAUCGGCAGCAAGUUUGUGAAUCUGGUGACGAUUCUGCCUCUAUUCUAAGAGACAAGCUUUCUCUCUACUUAUUCGGUAGACUGCCAUCGAUUGAUUCGUCGACUUAACAUAGUCCUAUUUGUUGAAUUGGAAGCUAGUUGAAGACAAUUGGGUAGUUUGUUUAGGGUUAGCACAACAAUUCAUGAUCUUGUGACAUGAACUCACAUUUUUUUUUUCUUUUCUUUUUGUGAUUUAUUUGAAAGCAACUUUAAAUAUUGUGGCUUGUAGUUGCUAACUUUUUCAGUUCCAUUUUGGUUACUGCAGAUCACAAGGGAUAAUUUCAGGCCACAAUGUAAAUCUUUGUGCCAUUUUCUUAUGUCUCAAAUCAGCUUUCCAUUA